AUGAGCGAUGAGGCCAGCGGGUCUGUUCUACCCGUCAGCAGCCUGUAUAGCAAUGUCGGUCGAGAUCGUGGCGACACCUGCACGCCGCACCUGCUCGCCUCUGAUUCGCCAAAAACGAACAGUCGGCCCACACACCUGCCGGCCGUCGAUACUCAGCGCCACCAAUAUCUACCUGUAACAACAUACGAUGUAAGAUUGUACGGGGCUAUGGGCUUUCUUCCGUUGCUGGAAAGGUUCGAUUUCGCGUGGCCUGCCAACGGCAGUGUUAACCUUGCAGACAAAGGCUCGUCUGUGAUUAAAACACCCGAGCCGGCUUCGGCAGUGGAGUCCUGCGGCCCAGAU